AUGCACUUCUUCCCUAUUUUCCUAAUUCUCAUCAUUAGCUAUGUAUCGGCUAUUCCUGGAUCAGUGAACUAUGUUGCACCCUCCAAUUCGACUCGAGUUCUUCGUCAGUCGGAAAAUGGAGACAAUGGGAAGAACUUAGAAGAUGUAUUGGCUAGAAGACAAGAAGAUUCAGAAGAUGUUGGACCACUUGGAGAAGUUCAGUUGGAUGUUGAAGAAGAAGAUAUUGGAGAAUCAUCUCAACCAAAAUUGAGAGUCAGACGAGGAUAUAGUCAACCGAAGCCCAAGGGAUACAGUCAGCCAAAGAAGCCACCAACCAAAUAUAGCCCACCGAGCCCACCCAAAUAUUAUUGA